GGUGUGCGUGGUGCUGCUCAGGUCCUGUUGGAAUGGCGUGGACGCCGCCUCUCGCCGUCCCCACGGUGGAUAUGGUGGGCGGUGUCCUUGGUGCCUUCCCUUCCGAGCUGAGCCGUCACUGCCCAGUGAUGCCUUCACAGUGACCCUCCUGCUUCCUUGGCGCUCGUCGCCUGGUCCUUGUGCCUGUGUGGCCGUCCCUCGUGGCCCUGCGCGGGCUGUCCUCUGCGCCUCUGCUCCUCGGUUCUCUCUGAAAGUGCUGCCGCCUGUUCAGAGGGCUGCUGUUGGCUUCCAGGACUCUGGUUACUUAGUUUUCAGGGCUCUUGGCAUUUGCCUCUAGCCCAACCCACAUCCCUCCCGUCAUCCACACAAGACGCCCACACAGGCCUGCUCCAGUGGCCGCCAGCUGUGCCUGCUCCUAUCUCAUCUGUGUCAUCUGCUCGGCCCUCCAGGCACAGCUGUGUGCACUUCCGCUCUGAACUCUCCUUUUCUCUGUGAGGUUUCUAGGUGCAGAAAUCACACCCCUGUUUUCACAAAGCGUGGCCCCAGGGCAUCAUGAAUGUCAGUGAUCUCAGACUCCGGUUGUCCCAAGCUGGGCAGGAACACCUGCUGCAGUUCUGGAAUGAGCUGGAAGAAGCCCAGCAGGUAGAGCUCUAUGCAGAGCUCCAGGCCAUGAACUUUGAGGAGCUGAACGUCUUUUUCCGAAAGGCCACCGAAGGGUUUAACCAGUCCUCCCAACAAGAGAAGGUGGAUGCGCGGAUGGAGCCUGUGCCCCGGGAGGUGCUGGGCAGUGCCACUAGAGACCAGGACCAGCUCCAGGCCUGGGAAAGUGCAGGACUCCUCCACAUCUCUCAGAGCAGAGUGGCGGUUCUUCUUCUAGCCGGUGGGCAGGGGACGCGGCUCGGUGUCACAUACCCCAAGGGGAUGUAUGAUGUUGGCUUGCCCUCCCAUAAGACCCUUUUCCAGCUUCAAGCGGAGCGAAUCCUGAAGCUUCAGCAGCUAGCUGAGAAGCGCCAUGGGAGCAGAUGCACCAUCCCCUGGUACAUCAUGACCAGCGGCAGGACGAUGCAGUCCACAGAGGAGUUCUUCGCCAGGCACAGAUACUUCGGCUUACAGAAGGAGAACGUCAUCUUUUUCCAGCAGGGGAUGCUGCCAGCUAUGAGUUUUGAUGGCAAAAUUAUUUUGGAAGAGAAGAGCAAGGUGUCCAUGGCUCCAGAUGGGAACGGAGGCCUUUACCGGGCUCUGGCCGCCGGGGACAUCGUGGGGGACAUGGAGCGCAGAGGCGUGGUCAGCGUUCACGUCUACUGCGUCGACAACAUCCUGGUGAGAGUGGCAGACCCACGGUUCAUCGGAUUCUGCAUUCAGCAGGGAGCGGACUGCGGCGCCAAGGUGGUGGAGAAGACGAACCCGACAGAGCCGGUGGGCGUGGUGUGCCGCGUGGACGGGGUGUACCAGGUGGUGGAGUACAGCGAGAUCUCCCUGGCCACGGCGCAGCGGCGGGGCCCGGACGGACGGCUGCUGUUCAACGCGGGGAACAUCGCCAACCAUUUCUUCACUGUGCCCUUUCUGAGAGACAUUGUCAAUGUGCACGAGCCGCAGCUGCAGCACCAUGUGGCUCAGAAGAAGAUUCCGUGUGUGGACUCCCAGGGGCAGCGCGUGAAGCCCGACAAGCCAAACGGAAUAAAGAUGGAAAAGUUCGUCUUCGACAUCUUCCAGUUUGCGAAGAAGUUUGUGGUGUAUGAGGUGCUGCGGGAAGACGAGUUCUCCCCUCUGAAGAACGCCGACAGUCAGAACGGCAAGGACAACCCCACCACGGCCCGGCACGCGCUCAUGUCCCUGCACCACUGCUGGGUGCUCAACGCCGGGGGCCACUUCAUCGACGAGAACGGCCGCCGCCUGCCCGCCAUUCCCCGCACUGGUGCGCACGGACAGCCCGAGGCCGUCACAGCCGGGGUCGCGGACAACUUGAAGGACGCCAGCGAUGACCCGAUCCAGUGUGAAGUCUCCCCCCUCACCUCCUACGCCGGAGAAGGCCUGGAGGGCCUCGUGGCCCACAGGGAGUUCCACGCGCCUCUGAUCAUUGACGAGCACGGGGUCCACGAGCUGGUGAAGAACGGGCUGUGAGGCAGGCGCUGCCCUCGCCCCGAGAGCGGCUUCUCCUGGUGUCGGACCGCGGGACCCGCAGGCCCUCAGGCUGCCUCCUGCUCUGCGAGCCCCUGAAGCUGCUGCACGGCCCCAGGGCCGUGGACUGGGUUCAAGGCAUUUCUGUGACUCUCAGCUCAUUGAAGGUCUUAUUUAUAUUUUUCAGUUGUAGGAUGUGCCCCAGCCCAGGGCCCAUGCCGUCCGGACACAGCCUGCCGCGUGUCGGGCAGGGUGCGCGCUCGGCCCGCGGCGGGCCUGGCCCCUCACGGUGCACAGAGAGAAUGUGCACUGCUCACCUCGAAGGGUUUCUAUGGUACUGAAGGUUGGUUUUACUUUAUCAAAAAGUAAACUUUUUAAAGAAAAGAAUUAGACAGGGAAAUAAACUUUUAGUCGCCGUGGA